GUACCACCACAGGUACCCCCAUUCCAACAGCCAACGAUCACUCCGCGGGCCCCACGGCCAACGUGGCGCCUUCCACCUUUGAACCCAUGGGUGGAGUCUCAGCCUCCUCCUUUGAUUCCAUGUCCGGGGUCGCACCUUCCGGCUACGAAAACAUGGCCGGCAUGCCCCAGGGCUUCGACUCCAUGAAUGGAGUGCAAGCCAAUUCCUUUGACACCAUGAGCGGGGUCACGGGUCAAAAUUUCGAGACAAUGAACAUGGGGAACGGCGUCAUGCCCUCAGCCUACGACGGCAUGAACAGUAUGGCGCCCGCCUUCGACAACAUGAAUGGGAUGAUGCCCAACAACUUUGACAUGAACGGGAUGAUGAAUCCAGCCUACGAUGCCAUGGGAGGGGUCGGGCAUCCUGGCUUCGAUGGUAUGGUGGGCAUGGGGCCCCAGGGCUUUGGCGAUAU